UUGCUGUCGUACUUCGCGCCAGAAAUGCGUUAAAUGUCAAAAUGUGUUGGUUUUAUUUCGAUUUUGAAAUAUUCUGAUAACUUAGUUUAACGUAAAAUAUAAUCGACCAAAAAUGCCGGAAGAAAACAUGAAUACAGCCAUAGUAUCGGCGUUGGAAGGUUUAGAACACUAUAGUUUAGAGAACCAUUUGUCUAGAAGCAAGAAUUACGGCUUGAUACAAAGUGCUCUUGAUGCUGGAGAUGAAUUGGGUUUGGAAGAAACUGAGAGGUUACUGGCAGUAUGUGUACACGACUUGAAAGAGGACAUGAGAUACAUAACUACCAUCAUGAACAUAGUAUCUGUUAUUUUGUCCAGAGUCUUGGUGGGUAAAUAUGUACAGCGUCCAGACUUGCUGCCUUCGGCUUUAGCAGUGAUGUCUGUGAUAAACACAACAGCUUUGAUGAGUAAAGUGGAAGCCGUGAAGCUGUUGUGCUUUGAGACAUAUCUGUCGUACCCUACUGACACACUCAUUGCUGCAGCAGAGCAUCAUGAAGAGAACAUGGUGAUAUUCAACCUGUACUGCCAUAUGAGGAUACCUCCUGCACUAAGAUUGCAGGCAUGUUUGAUUCUUCACAAGUACAUGAAAAUCCUGCCACCAGAGAAAAAAAGGCAAUUUAUUGAUAAAGGAGUAUCUGUUUGGUUCUCAAAAGUAAUUCCUACAAUAAUGACUCAUCUGACUACAGUGUCUACAGAUCAUGAAUUGCUUGUAGAGACACUUGAACAUUUGACUGAAGAACUCAUCACUAUAGACUACACUGGCAAUCCCCAGUGGAAAAGUGUUCUGGAGUGUAUUUGUAAUGGACAAAAGUACCCAAGUGUGAUGAAAGGUCUUUUACAAAAAGGAAGUAUUUUAUGGCAUAGACUAUGGAUAGUUUUUAUAAGACUACUUAAGCAUCAAGUGACUGAACCACAGGGGAGCGUAGGAACUCCCAUAAAUUCCAUGCUGCCAGUAGUUGAGGCAGCAUUCAAAGUAGAUGUGGCCAACAGAUGUAAAGCAUUCGAGUGUUGGAAUGUACUCAUUGACAGUUUCUCCACUGAAACAAAUGAAAGCAACAUAAACAAAAGAAUUAAACUGCUCAUAAUACCACUCAAGUCAAACAAUGCUAAAGCGGAAGUUACGGCUCUAGCUAAGUUUAAAUGUUGGUGGCAUUUAAUUCAGAAAUUCCAGAGCAAAGUAGACAAGUUUAUUGACACUAUUCUUGUUUCAUUUUUGCAUUUCUGCUUUGGAAAACACAAUGCCAUAGAUAAAUCAGUUUUAAUACCUGGACAAAUGACUGUGACAUUGAAAAAACAAUGUAUACAAGCAAUGGUGGAUAUGGUAGGCCAUGUCAGUUGUAAUGGUUGCACAAACUUACCUAAACUAAAAGGCAAAUUGAUCAACACAAAAAAUCUAGUGGACAAUUGGAAUCAUUGGAUCUUCUCUCUAACUUCAACCAUUAUGAUGUCAAAUACUGAUCAUGGCUUAAAUAAACAACAAAUGACAUGUUUGUGGAAGUCAUACCUUUUCACUAUUGGUGAAUUGCCUGAAAAUAAUAUAAGAAAGGAUCUUUUUAAUGAAAUGCUGUCCAUAUUAGAACAUCUUGUGAAGCAAAGUGAACACAACAGUAAACUGGCUGUUUUAGUGUUCGAUGUGUUGUUACUGUCUUUAUUUGAUGAAGAUAUGAGAAUGAAACAACUCUUAAUGAUCAGGAAUGAUUCAAAUGAGUCUCUAUGCAAAGUUAUAACUUGUAUAUUAGAUCCUAGAUUGCAUGUUGCUCGUCAAAGUUGUGAUUUCAAAGAGAUGGUAACAACUCUGAGACCAGUGGUGAAGGUGAUAUUAGAUUCAGGGUUUGGUUCACCGACAUUUGCCAUACAUUUCCUGCUGAAGAACUUAACUACAAGCAACAUAUCUUGCAUUGUAUGGACUGCUCUUGCAGAGUCAGUCAGUGAGUUGCCACAUAGCAUGCUCAGUGCAAAAAGUUUGUCCAAUAUGUUGCUGUGGCCACUGCCAUUGAUUAACUCAUUUACCCAACUAAAACCUCUGGCCAUGACAUGGUAUACAAUGUAUGAUGCAGUUUAUUCAAAAGUCAAGCAGAAUGAGGUAUUAGAAGAGGCAAUAUCAAAAUUAAUUUUUGCUGACACUGAAGAUAAUAAACCUGCGAUAUAUUUUAAACUGUGUGUCACAAUCGCUGUAAUAAAGCAGCAAUUGGCAGUUGGUAAAGCAUCUGAAAAGGAAUUGGAAGUACUAUAUGCUUUGACAAGUCGCAUUGAUAACUACCAAAAUUAUGAAGCUCUAUGUUUUAUGCUUAUUGAUAGAAUUUUUUCUACAAUAAAAUCUAUCAAAUCAAGUUUGAAUGAAACUGCUGCUCGGUUUAUAUUACUCAUUAUGAUGAAAACAUUGAAAGUGAUGACUCAUGCUUGCAAGAAGAUGAAGACCAUGGCCUCCCUCAUACUGCCCCUUGUUGAAAGUUUGUUGAAGUUUUUAAUUGAUUUAUUACAAGUUGAAAAUGACAGUAUUGUAUAUGACGGAAUAAUUCCAGUUAUAGCUGAUGAUUUAUGUGAUUCAUGUUCAUAUCUAUCAAAUCAGCCUUUAACUAAAGCCUCAAGUCUUAUUGUCAUGAAAACAAUAGUAUCGAAAAUUGAUGAAACUCACAUAAGCUAUAAAAAAAUUAAAUUAUUAGUAGCUGCUAUUGAGAACGAAACUGCAUGCUUGGACAAAAAUAAAUUCACAACACCUAAAACAAAAGAAGUUCCAAAGAAGGCCAAGAAAAUAGAGCCAAGCAUAGUUAGUAAGGUUGUCGACAACGGUGAAAUAUAUGAAGUGGUGAAAUCAAACUGGAAAUUCAAUCCAAGAAAACUAACUGAAAAUCAAAAAGAGAAAUUACAAAGGAAAAGAGAUGACAUUCCAGCCUUGUAUCAAGAUCUAUCUCAAUCUCAAGAUGAAUUUAAACUGGUCUCCUGGAAGACAGACUCACAAGACACAUCCAACAGCAGUAAAUCAGAAAGUAAAUCAAAAACAGGAGAUAAUGAAACUACAACCGAUAUUCUCACAAACUUACCCAGUUCUAAUGAUGUGUGUAGUAAUAAAAUACUAGAAAACUUCUUUUCUGAAAAUAUGAAGAGGGAUGAUGCUAAAGUAACAGUCUCUUCAGAUAAGAUUGUUAAUAAAGUUGAACCACCUGUUACUCCUAAAACUACUAAAUCACCGCGCAUGGCUUUAAAAGACCGCGUCUUUCGCAAUGUAAGAAAUCUAAUAGAAAAGUCGGGAGACCAAAAAGGAAAUAAAGAUACACCUAUGGUACUUAAUAAAACUGAAUGCAUUGCCAAGUCUCCGACACAAUCUAAAAGAGAUGAAACAGCAAGUGUUGUUAAUUCAGCACCUCCAAUGUUAUCGGCUGAUAGACCGUCACGAGUGAAAAGAAAGCCAAAGAAGUUUGAAGAGUUGCUGUUAUUAAAUUCGAAAAAAAGUCGCCAGUCUUUACCAGUCCUGAAAUCGAAAGAUCAAUCAGUGCAGUUUAAUUCUACCACGUCUACAACAGACAAAUCUCAUAGAACUGAGAAUAAUGACAAGGAACUCAGUCCACCCGAGUCUGAAAAAGAUGGAAAGAAACCUGAUGUUUUACAAGUGCCAGAAAUUCAAACUAUUUCUAAGUCAACCUCUCCUGGUGUAGUGCAAAUUGAUGAAAACCCACAGAAAGAAAUGUCUAAAGUCAGUGACGAGACUGUCAGAAAAACGACUGACGUUGAAGAAGCAGGAAAAGAGACUGUCAAAGAAUCGACUGACGUUGAAGAAUCAGGAAAAGAGACUGUCAAAAAAGCGACUGACGUUGAAGAAGCAGGAAAAAAGACUGUUAAAAAAGCGACUGACGUUAAAGAAGCAGGAAAAGAGAGUGUCAAAAAAGCGACUGACGUUGAAGAAACAGGAAAAGAAUCUGUCAAAAAACCGACUGACGUUAAAGAAGCAGGAAAAGAGACUGUCAAAAAAGCGACUGACGUUGAAGAAACAGGAAAAAACACUACAACCUUGACCGUAGAUAAUAGUAUGGAUAUAGCGGCAAAUGAUCAAACGCCAACUUCUAAAGCCACGAACGUUGAAAGAGUAGUAAUCGAAAAUAAGGUUUCUAGCGUCAGUAAAACAAACACAUGUGAUGACAAUAAAGACAAAAAACCUGCCAAAAGGGGUAGAAAGCCUCGGGUAGUCCAGGAACAAAUUUGCAUUGUUGAGAAUAGUGAAAAUUCUCAAAACAUAGAUGAACAGUCAGAACAAAUAGAUGAUGAAUUAGUAAAUGAGAAAAACGAUGAAAACACUAGUAGGAAAACAAGUCCGAGCACAAAAGAUGCUAAACAAUUGUCAACACCUCUAAAAGUAACGAAGACUACGGAGAAUGAAGAGCAAAAGUCAACUACCAAAAAGAAAAGCAUUAGAAAAUCGAGAAUUGAGAAGGAACUAGCAAUAGACAUGGUUGAAGGACAUCCAUUUUUAAAAAUGCAAUCUCAGACAAGGCUCACCAGGAAAGCUCUUGAAUCCACUGGCGGACGACGAAAGAGUUUGUUUGAGAAGCUAAAUAAGUCAAAAUCGGAAGUUAGUUCUGGCAAAAGUGAUAAGAAAAGUAAAGAGAAAACCAAAGACAGUGAUAGUUCCGCAAACUCCUCAGUAACUGUUGAAGAUAGUGAGGACAAAGAUGCUGAAAUGAAAGAUCAGACUUCAUUUUCAGACGAACUCCCAGACUCCGAAGAUGUUAUUGAAAGUUCACAAGAUUCCACAAUAACGACGAUAUCAGUGAAAUCUACGAAAAAGUCGUCAAAGAAGAUUCCUGUUGUAACAAUAGAGAAAAUGAAUCUGUUUCAGGAUGUACAGAAAUAUACAGUUGAAUCUCAGAGCAUUUUAGACUGUGCAGUUAUUGGAGUACAAGAAUCAACCAAAGGCAAUCAAGGGAAUAAAGAUGACAGUAAAGAUAUCGAGUUUUCCCUGAACAAAACUGUUGCAGAAGAUAAAAUUGAAGCUAAUCUUACAGAAAAUAUGGAUACAGAACCAAUUGAUGACAAAGCGCUCUCUGUGAUUAUUAUAAACGAUGAUAUUCCAACGCCGGUGACGAUCAGCAGUGAUGAAACCGAAGUGGGCCCUGAAACUCAGGAACUAGCUGAAGCCGACACCCAACCAACAGAUCCUACUUCCUUAAUGGAGGUGGACAAUGUACAGAAAGAUACAUCUAAUGUGACAGUUAUAAAUAUCACCAAUGACCAUUGCAAUAACACAGACAAAGAAGAAUCUUUGACUAAAGAUCAAAUAGACGAGAAUGUAGUAAAUCCUUCUGAUAAUAGAACACUGACCUUAUCUGAGUCAGUCUGUGCAGAGUUGGAAAAAGAGAGUGGCUCUUCAUCACCUUCAGCAAUUGGAGAUGAGGCUAAGCGAAAACAAGAUUUCUUAAAUAAUACGUUAGAGAUAUCACCGAUUAAGAAUAUGAGCCCCGAAAGAAGUACAAAGUCACCGUCACCUGAGACUAGUAGUGAUUUCGUGGUCAUCACUUUGUCAUCUCCUGUGCACAGUAAUGGCGAACCUUAUGAAAAAGGUGGGUCUCCUGAAGUGUUUACAGAAGACAAAGUGUCUCCUGAUAAAAGGGAUCUCUCUCCGCCGAGAGUUGAAGUUACUGUGACCAAUACUAGCCCCAGUUCUUCUCUAUCUCUCAAGAAAAACAGACCUCAAGUGCGCUCUGUAGGUCGAGCAGCGCAAAUGUUAGGUCUAUGCUGCGUCCCUGAUAAAGUGCAAGCUAUAAUAAAUCAAGAAAAACUUGAAACAGAAGAGAUCAAAAAGACUAGCACUACAAGUACACCCGCUAGAAGAAACUUACGAAUCUUAUACAAUUCUGUAAGUGAAAAUAUUGAACCGCCAACUGAAAAUGAAGACAGUGAACAUUUCCUAAAAUUCAGGCGAUCACUGCCUGCAGUCGAUAGCAGUCCAGCAGGUCCCAUACUCAAGAGAAAGCUUGUAGAGAUUGCUGAUGAUGCUACGAUAUCACCAGCCAGUAAAAGAAAAAGAGUAAGCUUCCAUGACCCACCAGUGUCUACUACAGUAUCAGUUCAUAAGUACAUUGAACCGGGCGGCGUUCGAUCUCCACAAAACUCUGCACAUAAACGUCUGGAAAGGCAACUGCGACAGCAUACGCCCAUCAAGUCUCCUAAACGUUUAGACCAUGUUUUCAAACUGGACACAGUAUUGAAUAAAGCCAUAGAAAGUUUCUCAGAAACUGGUCCUGUUCCCACUCCAGAUGACACUCAAGCCUUCUCUCUCGAUGAGACGCCUGUUGUUGAAAUUAUUAGAGCCAGUGAAUUAAAUGACAGUGAUCCCAUAUGCCCAGACUUAGUAGAAUGUAAGGAUCCUAUAGACAACAUAGCCAGCGAAUUAUCUUCGUCAGCAAUGAAGUCAUUGCUUGUUAAAGAAUUAGUUGGUAAGGUAGAAACAGUUGGUGAUUUGGCAAAGAUGACAGAACUUGAAGUAAACAGGUUGUGUAUUAAAGCUCCUAAAGUCAAAGUGGCAAAGAAAGUAUUGUCAGAUUACGCUUCAAAGAGGGUGGAAAAACCAUCUUGUGAUAUUAUGGUGACGAUUGAUGAGGCUAUAUUUGACGAGCCUAUGCCGGAGCCCCAGCUUAAAGGCGUUGAGUGUGUUGAUAGUGAAAUGCAAACCGUCACGAAUGCUUCCGUCGAGAUGGAAAUGCAAACCAUGGUAACACCGACUGCUGUUACAUUUGUACAGACUGAGACUACUUCAACUGUGGAUACAGUUGCGCAGACCGAAGAAUCUGGCAGUAAAUCUACUGCUGAUAUUGUUAAAUUAGGUUUAGCAGAGAGACCAGACUUCGUGGAUCAAGUUGGCAUACAAUUAGAAGAGUCAUCUAUCCGGCAGAUUAGUGAAAGGUUGCCUAUCAGUGCUAUAACUGACGUGUUAAUGAAGAAGGUCACACCUUCUGACGCUAAAACUCUCUUAAACAGAGUACUAGAGAAGCAGUGGAAUAAGGACCAGGGAAAUGAUAAUCGCAGUAGUAAAGAAUUAUCAUUCAUCCGAGAAUACAUGUGUGACAGGUUUGACCCCAAAGAUUUGAUUUUGUUCUGUAGUGAAGUCCUAAAGUCUGUGUAUGAUACGCGCUCGCCUCGUUAAAGCUACUUUACAAUACCGUAGAGUUGUUUGUAUUUUGCCCGGUUAUGGACUCAGUUAGAUACCUAAGUACGUGGCUGUGUAGUUCGUUUGACUUAUUGUGUCAAAAUGUAGAGCAAACGCAGUCACCCAGUCCAUACUUGGUUACAAUGUUAUUGUUUCAGACUGAUCACAUACUUUUCAUAUCAUAUUAUCUCAUUAAAAUGCGUGAUUAUAUAUCAGGCGACGAUAGUACAUUACAUUUAAUAUUUGUCAUUAUGUUUUUACGUUUAUUUUAUAUUGUACAUCCAGUAGCGUAGUAUUGCGAUGAUAUGUUUGUAUGUACUUUGUAUUGUGCCUUUAAUCAAGAAGUUUUCGUUGAAUGCGUGUUAUGUUUAAACUUAGUUGUAGUCAAUCCACAUAGGUACCUUAUUGUGAUAGAACUAUCUGAUUUCAAAGAGAAGUAAAUAAUAAACAAGAGUUAAUAAAACUAAUUUUUAUUUAAUGUAAAACAGAUAAUAUUUACAUUAUUCAGUCAUGAUGAGCGACCGCUAGCGAUCACAAAAAUAUAUUCUUACAUAACACACGGAACAAACACUAGAGUCACUUGCUGUUAUACCUACCACAAAAUGCAAUGACAAGCACGUCUUGUCAGACAGAACAUAAAUUGUAUUUGUAUGACAAAGAGUUAAAUAUUAGUUGUAGAGUAGCAGUAAACAUAAACGUAAGACAGGGAUGGAACAUGGCAUCGAGAUAACAAUAUCACAACUAAUAUUUACAGCAACCCAUAUCUAGACAGGUAAUGGUUAAAGCUUUAUUUGUAUAACAUGAAGACUUAAAAUGUUUCAGAUGUUGGCACAAUAGAAACUUUUUUGACAAAACUUUGGGGUUUUGGACUAAUUUGUCCUUAUUUCAAUUUAACGACUUAACUUGCAUUUUAUAUUGGUUGUUCAGAGUACCUAAAUUGAUUGUGAGAUUUUGUCAUGGAAGGAAAAGUUUCUAUCGCGCCUAAACCUUAGACACUUAUUUACACACCUCUUAUAUAUCACCCUUCCCUUUUUAUCACACUAAAAAUAGAUGUCUUAGACUACAGACCCUAUGGAAGCCAAAAUUUGUAUGAUUGCCGAAAGCAAGUGCACUGACUGAAUCAGUAGUUUCAAUUGUUAAGUUGUAGGAACUAGUUAAGUAUGUUUAAUAAAUUAUUUUGUAAAAACAA